GAAAUUUUCGGAAUCUGGCAUUGACUAUUUUAAUCUUUAGUUGUUUUCUUCAACCAAUAUGCCGGAUAUUGGGGUGACUGAAACUGCGCAGGAGUCCGAAUUUAUAUUAGCUAUUUCUAAUGACUUUUAUAAUCUUAAAAGAAAAAAGUGUUUUUGAAAACGAUUCUAGUAUUUUAGUAGUUAAUGAAUUACCUUGUAUUAUAUCGUACUUAAACCAGUAGACCGUAAUAAAUUCCUUUUAUCUUGACGUGGCAUCCAACUUAUACCGAAAUCUAGUAAUGUCUCGUCAUGAAGGCGUCAGCUGCGACUCUUGUUUGAAAGGAAAUUUUCGAGGGAAGCGUUAUAAAUGCCUUGUGUGCUAUGACUAUGAUUUAUGUGCUACCUGUUAUGAAGCUGGUGCAUCUACAACGCGUCACAAUGCUGAUCAUCCAAUGCAGUGCAUCUUGACUAGAUCAGAUUUUGAUUUAUAUUAUGGAGGUGAAGCAGCUUCUGCAGAACACCCUCAGUCAUUUACUUGUCCAUUUUGUGGACGAAUGGGGUUUACAGAAUCUGCUUUGACUGAACAUGUUGCUACAGAACACUCUGAGUCUUCAGCAGAAAUUGUGUGCCCUGUGUGUGCUUCUCAACCCGGUGGAGAACCUAAUCAUAUGACUGAUGAUUUUUCUGCCCAUUUAACACUUGAUCAUAGGAAUAGAGAUAUUGAUGAGCCUUCUAGUUCCCGGCAUAUCCGAAGGAUACCACAUGCCGGAAGAGGGAUGAGUAGCAGCCGAGCUCGCCGUUCUCAAAUGCAAUUUACUUCUGCUGGUGGCUUAUCUUCACUUUCUCCAAAUAGUCGAGAUUCUAUGGAUCCAAUAGCUGAACUUCUGUCUCAGUUAUCUUCUGUAAGGCGUUCAAAUAUUGCUCAAUCCAAUACAACCACUCAGCUACAGCAACUUCAAAUGCAAUUGCAAAUGGAACGUCAGCAAGCACAAGUAGCUCGACAGCAAUUAGAGCGAUUGCCUCGACGUCAGGCUGCCACCACUAGCAUUUCUACUUCAGCUGGUGCAGGGGGUAGCAGUGCACUUCAAUCCCAUUAUUCAGUCUCGAUUGAAACUUCUUCUAGUCCUUCAUCGGCCUCUUCUGGACCACAGUUCCUUUUAUCAAGAUGCACGGAUCCAGUCAUUACUGAAAGUGAACAACAAGCUUUAGAAAUUGAGCAUGCUGAACGUAGUUUAUUUGUCCAAGAACUGCUACUCAAUACUUUAGGUGAACAAUUUAAUAAUGAAGCAUGGGACAGUCUUGUUAAAGUAAUUGAUCUAAAGGGGGACAGUCAUUGUCCCGAGAUCAACGAUAAUCAUAGCCUUCAUAGGGAACUGACAAGUGCCAUAGUGGAGCCAAGCUCUCCUUCUGUGCAGUCUACCAACGUAGAAGAGACACGGCAGUCUCGCAAUAAUCCAGAGCCACCUACACAACGUACUUCAAACCUGCAGGGUCGGAUCCAUCCCCGUGGUGCUGGCAAUAGCUACAACAACCCAAUCGGUAGAGGAGCAAUACCCCAGCGUGCAAAUUCAAGGGAAGCUUUGAGUACUUCGGGUCGGCCGGUGAGUAGGACAACCAAUCGUGAAAGGGGUACUUCGCCUUCUAGGAGAAAAGCUUUGCGCCAAGUUGAUGAUAGAAAUAAAACGACCGAGCCACCUCCACCCCACUGAUAUUAGCUGUUUCUAAGGCGGAGGUUGGACUAACACUUUUGAUGUGCAUCUGAGCAACAGGACAUGGUUUAGAAUUUGGGGGAAAACACCUGCUUUCUAAAAUAUUUGAAAUAAGAUAACAAAAAUAUUCAUUUAGCAUGCUGUUGUUUUAUUUAUUUCGGCCUGCUUAAAAUAUGUCCAUAAGAAAUCCAGAAUAAGUAUUUAAAUAAAAGUUAUGUUAUGAUUCAUCUUGUCAUGCAAAAGUACAUAUUUUUUUGAGUGAAAAUGGUUUGUUGCAGUAUAGUGAGAUUGUAUUUAAUACCUGUAAAGCCUUGUAUACUCUAAAUUAUAAAUUAUACUUUAAAAAUCAAAAUAAAUACUACAAAAAAAUAGACACUUUUUGAAUUGUUUGUAUGACUUGUUGUCAUUAACUCCAUAUUUAAUUUUUAACAGAAAUAAGACUUAUAUUAAUAACUUUUAAAAAAUAUUUCAAAUUCUAUUGCUAUUCUUGAAAAACUAAAAGUUUGCUUAAAAGAACAAUAUGCAAACUCAUGUCCUGAACUUUAUAAGCUUAAGCAUGCAAAGUGAUGUUAUAUACAAAAAGCUUGUUUUGGAAUCUUAUGUUUAGAAAAAAAUUUCAAUUUUAGAAAUU